UAAGUCGAUGAAUCAAAGUAUGAGGUGACAAAUCAGCCCAAAGGGUAAGCAGGGGCCGCUGUCGAGAUAGGAGUUUGUGAAAAGGAUUUAAUUCAAUCGUCCAUUGCCUCCAAUUUUAUUGAUCUUUUUUGGAAAUGGAAUUUGGUUCCAUUAACCAUUACAAUCAUUCCCUGCCUAUUGCUAUCUGCGAGGAAGCACAACAUAUUCCCUCUUCCAUCUACUGCUUUUCAGCUCCAGAAUGGCAGUUGAGAAAACCGAAGGCGAUAGUUCAACCAGCCGUGCAAAGGACUCGACUACUGAGGCUGAGAGUCCCACAGCAAUCGAAAGCCCUACACUAGAUACUCCUCCACGCAACAUCGACGGAUGGAAAUGGUAUCUGACCUUCAUAUCGAUCCUAGCCUCAACCUUCCUCUAUGCCCUCGACGUGACAGUGGUAGCCGAUCUGCAGGCCGUUAUCGUGGAAGAACUCGGCGGCAUCCAGAACUUGGCAUGGCUGAGCGUCGCUUUCCUGCUCUGCGCGACCGCUGUUAACCUGGUCUGCGGCCGAAUGUACGGCCAGGUAAACGUGAAGUGGCUCUUCAUCGUUAACGCGGUCAUUUUCGAGGUCGGCUCGGCCAUCUGCGGCGCCGCCCCAUCCCUCAAUGGCAUGAUUCUUGGUCGCGCCUUAGCAGUCAUGGGGGGCCCCGGCUUGUAUGUUGGGUGCAUGACGCUUAUUGCCGCCACCACCACGUUCACGGAGCGGCCAUUGUCUGUAUCCUGCACCGCCUUGACAUGGGGACUUGGAAUUGUCCUAGGCCCUGUGGUCGGGGGUGCUUUUAGCGAGUCUGAUGUGGGCUGGCGAUGGGCAUUCUAUAUCAACAUUUUCAUCGGCGCCGCCUGUGCCCCCUUUUACCUUCUCCUCAUCCCAAGUAUAGACCCGCGCCCGGGAGCGACUAUCAAGGAGCGGUGGGCCGAGCUGGAUGACCCGGGUAUCCUGCUGCAGGGCGGCGCGCUGACAGCCUUCAUUCUCGCGCUUAAUCUGGGCGGACUCACGUUCCCGUGGAAUUCGGCGCGGAUUAUUUCCAUGUUUGUCGUCGCUGGUGUGCUAUUUAUCCUGCUGGGCAUCCAACAAACCUGGGCUAUCGGCACCUGCCCCUCGCGUCGUAUUAUUCCAGUGCAGUUCUUCCGCUCACGUACGGUGCUCCUCUUGUUCAGCUGCACAGCUGCCUCUGGCGCAUGUGCCUUUGUGCCCAUUUUACAUGGUUCCUCUUUUCUUCCAGUUCACGCGUGGCGACACCCCGUUAGAUGCAGGGUGGCGAUUGCUGCCUUUAGUGAUAGUAAUGAUCGUGUUUGUCUUUAUCAACGGCACAUUGAUGGCCAAACUAGGGUAUUACAUGCCGUGGUACUUGGUAGGCGGUUUUCUGACUAUAGUUGGAUCUGGCCUCAUGUACGUUGUCGAGCACGACACUCCUCUCAGCCGCGUUUACGGGUAUACCGUACUCAUAGGCACCGGCGUAGGAAUGUUUCUCCAGGCCUCAUUUUCCGUCACCCAAGCUGUGGUCGACCAGGAAAAUGUCGCACCAGCCAUCGGGUUUAUCACAUUAGCAUAGUUCGUGGGGAUUACAAUUGCUCUUGCCCUUGCCAACGCCAUCCUCCUCAACGCCAGUCAGGACCAGAUUCAGGAGAUCCUACCGGACGUUGCCGGGGCGGACAUUCAGGCGGCCAUCCUGGGGGCUCGUUCUGGCCUGGUGCAAAACUUCUCUCCAGACCUCAAAAUGCGGGUGCUUGAUGCCAUUGUCAGUGCCAUUGACAAAACAUAUGCGCUAGUCAUCGCAGGGGGCGCCCUUGUAGCAGUCUCAAGUCUCAUGAUCCGCCGCGAGAAACUAUUUUCGCGACCGCAGGUAUUGCUGCUGGUGCCUGAGAGGACUCGCUCCAUUUUCCUGCCCAAGCUUGUCCGACGGGCUGACCACUACGAGAAGUCUUAGGCUUUCUUUUCUAUUUGGUUUCCUAGUGUCAAAAUUCUUUGAUAUAUUAGCAAAAUUUUGUGCUUAGACUCAAUUUUGUACUUCAAUCAUCCAAAUGAAGUGGUUUGUG